UCUUCUUUGAUAAUUGUAUCCUCUCUAUAUUUAUUUGAGGUUGAAAGUGGUGAGAUGGGAGUAAGGAAAGUUUAGCAAAUUCAAUUGGUGUAUCCGUUUUCUUGGCAAAAUGAGCUUCAACGAUGAUGAGCCGAUUGUUGCAAGCCAAGAUGUCUCAGGGGAAAAACCUGCAACAUUCUUGGCAGGAAAAACAAAGGCGAAAAUCAUCAACAAGGCGACGGCACCACUGGAACAAAGCGAAUUCAAGGUGAUGCUGGAGCUCAUGGGGGCAGGAUCCGGCAAUGACAGAUCCGGAGUGGAUCUUGUGACGGUCUUAGAUGUCAGUGGUAGCAUGGACGGAGAGAAGUUAGAAAAAAUGAAAAUUGCCAUGCUAUUCAUGAUCAAGAAACUUAGCCCGAUUGAUCGUUUGUCAAUUGUCACAUUUAGCGGGGGCUCCAAGAGAUUGUGCCCAUUGAGGCAGAUAACUGAAAAUUCUCAAGCGGAGAUUGAAAAACUGGUCAAUGCUUUAGUUGCUAAUGGUGGGACAAACAUUUCUGCUGGCCUUCAAACGGGCUUAAAAGUGCUCAAUGACCGCAGACAUACUAGUGGGCGUGUGGUGGGCAUUAUGCUUAUGUCCGACGGUCAGCCAAACCAAGGUGAUGAUGCUGCCCAAGUUCCAGUCGGCAAUGUGCCCGUAUACACAUUUGGUUUUGGCGCAGACCACGAUCCGAGGGUGCUCAAUGCCAUCGCAAACCACAGCAUGGGAGGAACGUUCUCAGAAGUUCGAAACCAGAACAACUUGAGUAUUGCAUUUUCCCAGUGUUUGGCUGGGCUUCUCACCGUGGUUGUUCAGGAUCUGAAGCUCACUGUCACAAAAGUUGAAUCCACAAUCGUUAAGGUGUCUGCCGGAAACUAUCCACAAUCCAAGGACGAUGAUGCCAGCCCUGUGACUGUUUCAUUUGGCGAUCUUUACAACAAAGAGGUGCGCAAGGUCAUAGUGGACCUUCUUCUCCCUGCUGCUAGUAGUCCGACGGGCUCGGAUGUCCUCGAAAUCACUUACACAUACAGCACUGGUGGGAAAUUGUUUGAUGCCAGUCCGAUAAUCCUUACUGUAAGCCGCACCGGCAGGACAUCCGUGGAGCCAGAGAGAGAGGAGGUGAUGAUGGAGGAGAACCGUCUCCGGACUGCACAGAUGAUAAAAGAAUCAAGAGUCAUGGCUGACGACAAGAAGCUGGACGGUGCUCUUAAGAAGCUUGCUGAAGCCCAAAGCUUGCUGGAGAACGUGGUUAAUGAUGAGUCUAACCCGUUGAUUGAGAUGCUGAAAUCUGAGCUGCAACAGAUGUCGAGGUUGAUGAAAACACAGGAAAUCUACGAAAAGCAAGGGCGUCCUUUUGCACUCUCUUCUGAGACUUCCCAUAAUCGCCAGCGUUUCGCUGCAAGAGGUGAUGAUCCGAAAGAGCUGCGCUUAUUUGCCACUCCGCGUAUGGACGCAUACCUUGAGCAAGCCAUGUCAUUUGACGAGGAUCCCAGCAAGCCACUGCCCUCUGUGGACGAGGAUGAGAAGCAUGAACCCGAGCCCGAGCCCGAGCCCGAGCCCGAGCCCAUUCCUCCCAUGGUUGGAACUCUUAGCCACUAUAUUCAGACGGCCAUUCAGUCUUUUUUGGCUCUUUUUGGUUUUUUCAAUUAUUUUUUGGAAUUUUUCAAAAAAUAUAUGUUUUAAAUUCGUCUUGACAAGGUGGAUCAAAAAAAUAAAACGUUUUUGACAUAAUUUUUAUAAAAAAAAAAAAAAAAAAAAAAAAAAAAAAAAUCACUGAAGAAAAAAAAAAUUCAAAAACGAAAGGAGGUUUUUUUUUUUUUCGUUGUUUGCCAAAAGCAGCCAGUCUCUCAAAUCCAUUACAACAUAAUAAAGCCGGCCGUCCGUAAUUCAAUGCUUGCAUCCGUCCUUUAAUUCCUUCGCCAUCCAUCUUUAAUUUACAAUGUAGCCCAUUGCUUUGGGUUUUACCUUCGCACUUCAAUAAAUAACGAGUGUGUGAUUUGCUCGUUGUUAAGUGUUUUUUUUUUUUUUUUUUUUGAAUUAGUCAUUUCACAGAUAGAUUACAUUGUUGUUAAAUUUCUAGUGUAUGAUUUGCCUGUCCCACUUCAAUAAAUUACUAGUGUUUGAUUUGCCUUGUUAAA